AUGUAUCGAUACGGCGACCCAACCGUCGACGCCCCGGCUGGUGGGGCGGGCGGUAGCCGCUGGGAUACCGAGCGCUUCAUGCGCGAGCGCGAUGUACGGCAUGAGCCCGGCCGCCGUGAGCGACGCAGCGCCGUCGAGGUCAUCGACCGGGUCGAGAAACGCGCCCCGUCGCUGGUCGACGACUACCUGAACGCGCAGGAGAAAUACGGCCCCCCCGCCAGACGCCCCGAGCGAGUGUACGAAGACGCGCACCUGGUCUCCAACGCCGCGGCCAUCGUGCCCUUCAAGGAGCACCGCCGUUCCUCUCGCUCUCCGCCACGCAAGCCCAAGCUGCUGCGACGCCAAUCAUCGCUCGACACCUUUGACCGCGCUGCAGCGCGCUAUGCAAGCGACUACUACCAGUACGACCGGGAUGACUACGGGCCUCCCCUGGCUCCCGUCACGGCCCGCAGACAUUCUCCCCCGCCCGAGCCCGAUAUCGACUCCGUCCGCGUCGCGGAGCCGGACUACUAUGGCGACGAGGAGUAUCGCAGGAUGCGAGGAAGGGAUAGAAGUGCUACCCCUCGCGGCAGAUCAUACUCCCUGCGCGAAGAGAUCGUCAAAGAGAGAGUUGAGCGGCCCUACCCUCGCCGUGGCAAGACCAAGGUCUCGAAACGCCUGGUGCACCCUCGUGCUCUAAACGACCUUGGCUACGCAUAUGAGGAAGAUACCGAGAACAACAUCAUCAUAUUGCAAGCGCUCUCCAAAGAUAAUAUCCAUGAACUUGUUAACCUUAGCAGGGAUAUUCGCCAAAGGCCUCGUGUUGAGGAAAUCAAAGAAAAGGAGAGAAUCGUAACCAAAACUCGUCGCGAAUCUGUCUCCGUUGAACGGACUCGGUCAAAGUCCCAGCACAGAAGCAAGAGUGCAGUCCGGCCGAUAUUCGAACUGGUUGAGCCUCGAGAGCACCGACAUGUCUCGUCCCCCGUCACUGUCAUGGCUCCAGCCCCCGUCCCCGCGCCAGUACAGGUUAUCAAGCCCCGCCCCCGCCGCCUUUCUUCUCCAAUCCGCUAUGUUCACCACCACCACGUCGAAGAAAUCAUCCAGCCCAAUGCCGAUGUGCAGCUGAUGCUCCCCGAGCGGCACCGGCGAGAACUUCGCACCGAAAUGCGGCCGAUGGAAGAGCACAGGCUGAUUACUCCCGAUGACCUACGACCUGGUGAGGUGCUUGAAAUUAGGCGUGACCAUAAAGCUCCCACCCAGCGCCUAAUCCGCGCAAUGAUGGCAACUCUUACGUGA